UCCCGAGCAUUCCCCGGGAGCGGGCACUGGGGACCGGCCGGCCGCAGCAUGACGGGCAAAGCGGGGGACGCGCUCGCCCACAGCCUGCCCGCCAAGCCCAAGCCCGACAGCGCGGCUGGGGCGGCGGCAGCUGGGGCGGCGGCGGCGGCCCCUGGGCCGGGGGCCAAGGCCGGCUCCGGGCCCACCCCGCCCAGGUGCACGGGCUUCGGCAUCCAGGAGAUCCUGGGCUUGAACAAGGAGCCUCCGUCGCACCCGCGGGCCGCCCUGGACUCCUUGCCCGCCGGGCACCUGCUGGCGGCCCGCUCCGUGCUCAGCCCCGCCGGGGUGGGCGGCGUGGGCAUGGGGCUGCUGGGGGCGGGCGGCAUCCCCGGCUUCUACGCGCAGCCCGCCUUCCUUGAGGUGCUGGCCGAGCCCCCGAGCGUGCACCUGCCGCCCCUGGCGCGCCCGCCCGGCCAGCUGGACGCGAGCCAGACGGCCAGCUCAGAUUCCGAGGAUGUUUCCUCCAGCGACAGGAAAAUGUCCAAGUCCUCCUUGAACCAGAGCAAGAAACGGAAGAAGCGGCGGCACAGGACAAUCUUCACUUCCUACCAACUGGAGGAACUGGAAAAGGCCUUCAAUGAAGCCCAUUAUCCUGAUGUCUAUGCCAGAGAGAUGCUGGCCAUGAAAACAGAACUGCCUGAAGACAGGAUACAGGUGUGGUUCCAGAACCGCCGGGCCAAAUGGCGGAAGCGGGAGAAGUGCUGGGGCAGGAGCAGCGUGAUGGCUGAAUAUGGGCUCUAUGGCGCAAUGGUACGGCACUCCAUCCCACUGCCAGAGUCUAUUCUCAAAUCUGCCAAGGACGGCAUCAUGGAGUCCUGCGCCCCUUGGCUACUGGUUCAAGAUGGCUUUCCCAUGCCCAGGCGCUUUUCUAAACCCGAAUACCAACAAUUCUUUUUAGGGAUGCACAAAAAGUCUCUGGAGGCAGCAGCUGAGGCAGGAAGGAAGACAGAGGUGGAGCGCCCCGCCCUGCCCAAGCUCGACAAGAGUGACAAGGAAGAGAGGGGCCCGGAUCCCAAAACCACCAUUUCCCAGGAGGAACUCAGAGAGAACAGCAUUGCUGCCCUCAGGGCCAAAGCUCAGGAGCAUAGCACCAAAGUCCUGGGGACCAUCCCUGGGGACUCCCCAACUCCCGUCAGGAAGCCAGAGAAAGAGGAAGAGGAGGCAGCAGCAGAGGAUGAGAGACAAACGGAGAAAUCAAAUUCAUCACAAAAGGAGGAGAAGCUGAUCUAGGGGAAAAGAGAUGAUGGAAAAUGGCCCCAAAAGACUCUCUUCCAGGGGCUGCAGUCUCCCCUCAGACUGACAAGGCCCCUCCUGCAGCCCCUGCCCAGGGAGUGAGGCCUCUCAUGGUCUCUGCAUUUCAGGAAGCCACAGGCUCAGGCCAAGUUUUGCCUGUCAGGUGUGUCCAGAGACUGUUCCCCUCAGGGGUAUUCCAACCCCGUUCCCCACUCUGCCCUCAGGAGUCUUCCUGCUUCCACCUCUCCCCCCCCCCUUUCUGGGAGAUCAGAAACUGUCCCCAUCUUCAACUGAGAGGAAACUGAAGCCAGUUGAGGCUUUGGGUCCCUCUGCACUAGCCUCAGAACCACUUUGGGUUUCUCUGACCUGGUCCAAAUUGUCCAGUCUCAAGAGCGAGUCUGAGUCCCACUUCCACCCAAACUCAUAUCAGAACAAGGCUGCCCCUGCUCCAGUUUCACCCACCCCCAGGCACUGGGUCAGUCUGUCCCCAGCUGCAGUCCCACUUGUCUCCGUGCAACACUCUGCUCUUGCCUGAGUUCCACCAACUUCCAGCCUCUGGGCAAGUCCCUUCCCAACCAUUACUCCCACCAGAAAACCUGCUGUUGGCCAUCAGCAGGAGAGGCUGGGACACCCUUCCAAGCAGCAGGAGCUCCAUCUCCUGCAGAUCAGGUCCCCCCCUUGUGCCCGUGUUUCUGGCAUCUGGCCUUCAGAAUGUCAGGACCCAGUGUGGGCAAGGUGAGAUGGACCCACUGCCCUCACAAGGACCGUUUUACCCUUUCUCUGGCCAUGAUUAUUGUGGGACAAAUCCAUGGAAGUGUUUGCGUAAAACAGUGAGUCUAUUUAAAUGGUGAUUUAUAUGUUCCAUGUAUAUCUUUCCUGACUGAGUGUUGGGGUGUCCCAGGGUCACUUUGGAAUGGGGAGGGUGACUGGCAUGUUGGGCAGCUGAUUUUGAUCUUGGUUUUUCAGUGAGAAGCCAAGGGAUAGGGAAGAAUAGGGAUAAUUUGCAGGAGCUGAUCCCCCAGCCCCAGGUACCCAAGACCCACACCUUCCCUAUGGGACAUCCCAAGUUUUACAUCUGACUUCCCUCUGCAAGGGUACUGAUGAUUCAUAACACCCUCAGGUACCAAGUUCCUGCAGCUAGCAGCACCCAAAGCACAUACCAUACCUGGCUUUAUGCUUUACAGACACCCAGGAUCUCAUGGGUACCCAAGCCUUGCACCCAGAUUUACCUGUAAUGGAGACCCAGCUCCUCCCCCAUGGUUACCUAGUAGUUGACUCCACUCUCCUCAGUACCUAUGCCCAGGCAUCAGCCAGAACCUGCACCUGGUUCCACGUGCCGUGGCAGUUUAGCUGUAAUCCAGGCUGCCUCAAACUGCUCCCUAGCACUGUCUGGUUAGCACCUUCUGGCCCCUAGCACAAACUGCUGAGGUUUAAUCAUAUAGAGUCCUUGCUACAAACAUGCUGUGGGUCCAGGCUGCUCCCACAAGGCUUAUAAUCAGACUUGGCUCCAGCUCCCAGAAGAGCUUUGGGAAUAGCAAUGCACCCCAAGAGCCUAGAGGCAGAAGCCUACACGUAUUGCCUCUACUUCUGCAUUGAAUGGGUCAAAUACCAGACAAUAUGUUUUCUGAAUAAAUCAGUCAGCAUCAAGUGGCAUCAUUUGCCAAAUGUAUGUACUGGCUUAUAUUUGAGCUUGGUCUCUGAGUCUCAAAGGGAGCUUUAGCCAUGUCUACAGAUGCACAUAAACUCACAAACACUGUGAUAUGUACAUAUUCCUCAUCCCCAGAAUCCCAUGUGAAUACACAGACCCACACAGCAAAACCCACAGCAUCACAGCUCCAUGCUAACAUUGCCUUCCCAUCCUAGUGAGGGACUGCCCUCCAUGAAGGCCCCAGGACAGUGACUUCCACAUAUCCCUUUCUGUCCUGCUGUAAACUGUGAGCUCUCCUUCCCCAGAACCACUGUUUUUAUUCUGUCGAAGGCUGAUCCUCCCCUUUCAUGCAUCUCUGUUCGUCCUUGUCCCCAGUUUGUUUGACGUGUUAGAUUAUAGCCCAUGGUGUGUAAAUAAUGUACAUACAGUGAGAAAAGACUUCCGUAUUGAGGUGUUUGAGGUAUGGAACUGUAACAACUUCUAGUCAUUCGGAACCUGUGAUUUAUGUGCCAUUUUCUGUAAAGAUAUAAACAAAAAAUAAAACUAAACUGGAAUCCUGUG